CCAAAAGUAAUCACUUCCCAUGUCGUGUAGUCUCCAGCUGUUUCAAUCCGUCCAUUUUGGUGGAAUUUACAGUUCAUUUGAGAUCGUUAAGCGUAGAAAGCACGGGGAGUCUAUAUUGGGGCAAUGCUUUAUUGUCUUUUGGUUUUCGCGUGCAAUAGUGCUCGCAGUGGAGGGAGUGGUGAAUGCAGGGUACAGAGCGAUUGAGCAGUGGGCAUUGUUGUUGAGGAAUGCGUGGCCUAAGGUUUCCACGAUUUGUAAGAUUUUCAAAGAGCAAGGUGUGAUUUUGACUGCACUUUUAGGUCUAUCUGCAUUCUUCUCAAUGGCAGAGACUUCUAUAACUACACUUUGGCCAUGGAAGGUUGCUAUUUUGCUUCUUACCGAGAUCACUCCAAAAAGUAUAGCUGUUCACAAUCCCACAGAGGUGGCUAGAUUUGUGGUGCACUUGACCGAGAGAGAGAGGCAGAAACUGCAGGUGUGGUCUCGAAUUAUGCCUUACAGAGAGUCCUUCACUUGGGCUAUUGCAAUGUAUCCAAGGGAACCUGGUUUAUCACUUCAGAAGUGGGCUCACACGCAAGUUGCUGUUGGUGCUUGGGUGGCCUGCUACCAUGAUGAAAUUAAAGUUUCUCUCCCUGCUGUUUGGACACCAUUGCAUCACCUUAUAUUCACUUUCUUCCAUGUUGAUCUUCAAAUGAAAUUAGAAGCUCCAAAACCAGUAGUAAUUGGAUAUGCAGCACUUCCAUUAUCCACCCAUGCACAGUAUGCAACUGCCCUUAUGUUUGUCAUCUUUUUUUUUGUUUCUUUCCUUGAUGAUUUAUUAACUUACAUUAUUUGUUCUGCUACUGGAGUGAUUGGUAUGGUAGUUCAUGGUUACUUUCCUGGUUUAUGUUGUGGGUACUUGGAUGAUAUCAGUGUUGCGAUCAGAAAUUUCUCUACCGAUUAUGAGAGAACUGGUUCCACAGUAAAAUGGAAAGGAGAGGCUGGAUUGUUUGGAAGAUGGAAAAACUAUUUUUAAAUUGUGAUUAAGGCUUUGCUCAUCUUUUUACCCAAUUAUUGAGCGCAUACGGGCUUUUUUUCUUGAAUAUGAUAGACCCACUCUUGGAACAAGUCCUCCAUGUGGUUCUGAACUUUUGGAGGUAUAUUGGCUAUGCUUCUUUCUUCAGUCUUUACAGUUGUCUUGGUUAAAUCCAUUAUUAGUAUUCAUAAUCUCUUUAGUUUUGGUGUUUUAUAAUUUUCAAGUCAACUGAAAUUAUUCUAUGGUUGUGCUUGAAUUGAUUUAAACAUUCCCCAAAUCCAGUUUUCUUAAUUGGUGAUACAGCAUGUCAAUUUUAUAAAUGCAAAACACUAUG